CACCUUCCUUUCAUAUCCUCAUUCGUUCAACCAUAGUCUAAGAAGAAUUACAAAAUCAUCAUCAAACAUGAGUUCAACAAUUAGAGCAUGGAGUGUGGCAGCUAGUGUUGGAGUUGUGGAGGCCUUGAAAGAUCAAGGUAUCUGUAGAUGGAACCAUGCUUUGAGAUCAGCUCAACAACAUCUCAAAACCCAUGUUGGUUCAUUCUCUCAGGCUGGGAAGCUUUCUUCCACUUCUUCUACCAUGGUAUCCACCAGAUUGAAAGAACACAACACAAAACAAUCAGAAGAGUCUUUCAGGAAAGUCAUGUACUUAAGUUGUUGGGGUCCCAAUUAGGUACCAUAAGACCGAUAACAAAGCCUUUUCUUUUUUUUCUUUCGAUCUAAGGAUUGAGAUUUCUGUGACCAUAUUGUAUAGUAAUAGUACUUAAACAUUACUUGGUUCUUGUAGACUUUGAUUAUCACAGUGCUGACAAUUGCCAAAUUUUAUCUGUGUUCCUUA